AUGAACAAGCCAGGGCUCCACAUGGUGAUUGGAGGCAAGAGCCUCGGGAAAAGCAAAGUCCUCGAGCGUAUGUCCACUGCGAAGUUUCAACAACAAGAUCCAUUGCUCUUGGUGGACAUGCGGAUUCCUCCUCGGAUGGGGUCCACGGAUGUCUUGGAGUGCCUGCAGGAGGUAGCCAAGAGCAGGUGGACCGAGGACACCAUGCCUGACUGGCUUCAGCCUGUUAUGGGAGAGUUCCUUCCGGUGCUGAGCAAGGCAGAAGCGAGGGAAAGCGACCAGGGCUUGAAGGUGGUUGCAGCAGCUGCCGCAACAGUCGCGGCAACAAUGGGUGCAAAGAAACCCAGCCGGUUCGUCGAGGAGUUCGUCGCAGCUGCCAGUGCUGAUGGCCUGACUCCCGUCAUCAUCAUCGACGAAGCUAGCAUAGCCUUUCCUGACGGCAAGGGUGGCAACGGGAAUGGUAAGAAGGCUGCAGCGGAAGCUGCCCUCGCCCUCUUCGUGGCUAUCAGCAAGCAGCAGAGGAAGGCUUGCGUGGUCCUGGUGGCCUCCGAGUACGCCUUCCCUUACCGGAUUGAGCAGCUGGGUAGGGGCAAGUACGACUCGCUAAACAUCAUCGUGGCACCCGAAGUUGAGGAGGCGUUCUACGACAACUUUGGUGGCGACAUCUUCUUGUGCAGCCAGGCACUCUCGAAGCUCACCCUGGAGUUCAGCCUGGGUGAUGAAGUGGACUUCGACUCAUACUACAUGUGA